AAGGAUAUCAGUUAGUUGGAGCUUGUAGGUAGAGGCACAUCUUCAGCUCCUGUGAAUGGGCUCAGCAUCAGAGAGGAAGAGCUGGGAAUCUCCACUAUUUACCUACAAUGUCUGGGAUCGGCAACAAGCGGGCGGCAACAGAGCCUGGCCCCUCUGUGCCCCCCGAGAAAAAGGCAGGGGUUGAAGACUCAGGAACCACAGUGGAGACCAUUAAGUUAGGCGGUGUUUCCUCAACGGAGGAACUGGACAUCCGGACAUUGCAGACCAAGAACCGAAAGCUGGCGGAGAUGCUGGACCAGCGGCAGGCCAUUGAGGAUGAGCUGCGGGAGCACAUUGAGAAGCUGGAGCGGCGGCAGGCCACCGAUGAUGCCUCUCUGCUGAUAGUCAACCGUUACUGGAGUCAGUUUGAUGAAAAUAUCCGCAUCAUUCUUAAGCGCUAUGACCUGGAACAAGGUCUUGGAGACCUUCUGUCUGACCGAAAAGCCUUGGUGGUACCAGAACCAGAACCAGACUCGGACAGCAAUCAGGAACGGGAAGGUCUGGAGCCAGCAUUCUCCUUCUUAGCCACCCUGGCCAGUAGUACCAGUGAGGAGAUGGAGUCUCAGCUUCAGGAGCGUGUGGAGUCCUCCCGGCGAGCUGUUGCUCAAAUUGUGACCAAGUAUGACAAGCUUCAGGAGAAGAUGGACAUUCUGUCCCAGAAGUUGAAUAGUGGAGAUCCAUCACUGGUGGAUGAAGCGGUCCAGGAGCUAAAUUCCUACCUUGCUCAUGAAAAUGGACGGCUGCAUGAACUGUCUGAUUUACUGCAGGAAAAGCACCGCAUCAUGUCUCAAGAGUUCUCCAAGUUGCAGGAGAAAGUGGAGAUGGCAGAGUCACGGGUGUGUGUGCUGGAGACCAUGAUCGAUGACCUUCAGUGGGAUAUUGACAAGAUCCGCAAGAGAGAGCAGAGGCUCAAUCGGCAUCUGGCAGACGUGCUGGAACGGGUAAAUUCAAAAGGUUACAAAGUCUAUGGAGCCGGAAGCAGCCUCUAUGGGGGAACGAUCACCAUCAAUGCUCGUAAGUUUGAGGAAAUGAAUUCCGAGCUGGAGGAGAACAAGGAGCUGGCUGGGAACCGCCUCAGUGAGCUGGAAAAAUUGCGCCAGGAUCUUGAGGAGGUGACAACACAGAAUGAGAAACUGAAGAUGGAAUUGCGGAGGGCAGUGGAAGAGGCUGUGAAAGAGACGCCAGAGUACCGAUGCAUGCAGUCCCAGUUCUCGGUCCUGUAUAACGAGAGCCUCCAGCUGAAGGCGCAUCUGGAUGAGGCUCGCACUCUGCUUCAUGGCACGCGCAACACACACCAGCGCCAGGUGGAACUCAUUGAGCGGGAUGAAGUCAGCCUCCACAAGAAGCUGCGCACAGAGGUGAUCCAGCUAGAGGACACUUUGGCACAGGUCCGCAAGGAGUAUGAGAUGCUGAGGAUAGAGUUUGAACAGACUCUUGCUGCCAAUGAACAAGCAGGGCCAAUAAAUCGGGAGAUGCGUCAUCUCAUCAGCAGCCUCCAGAAUCACAACCACCAGCUGAAGGGGGAAGUGCUGAGGUACAAGCGCAAGCUGAGGGAGGCCCAGUCAGACCUGAGCAAGACCCGCUCCCGCAGUGGGAGUGUCCUCCUGCAGUCCCAGUCUAGCACGGAAGAGAUCAAGGAGGAACCACCAGAGGUCAAACAGGAGCCUGACGAUUCCUCUGCUCAGGCAUCUGUGCUCAAGGCUGCCCCCGAGGAUGCUGGGGAAGCCAAGGCCAAGCGAGAUGAAGAGGAGAGGGAGCGUGAGAGACGGGAGAAGGAGAGGGAGCGGGAGAAGGAGAAAGAGAAGGAGAGAGAGCGGGAGAAGGAGAAGGAGAAGGAACGGGAGCGGGAAAAGCAGAAGCAGAAGGAGUCGGAGAAGGAGAGAGAGUCCACCAAGGACAAAGGGAAGCAUGAGGAUGGGAGGAAGAAAGAGGCAGAAGUGAUCAAGCAGCUGAAGGCUGAUCUCAAGAAAGCCCAGGAGAGCCAGAAAGAGAUGAAACUCCUGUUAGACAUGUACCGCUCUGCCCCAAAGGAGCAGAGAGACAAAGUUCAGCUCAUGGCCGCUGAGAAGAAAGCCAAAGCUGAGCUGGAUGAGCUGAGGCAACGGGUGAAGGACCUGGAGGACAAGGAGAAAAAAGAGAGUAAAAAAAUGGCAGAUGAGGAUGCCCUACGCAAGAUCCGAGCGGUGGAGGAGCAGAUUGAGUAUCUGCAGAAGAAACUAGCCAUGGCCAAGCAGGAGGAAGAGGCCCUGCUCUCAGAAAUGGAUGUCACCGGACAAGCCUUCGAGGAUAUGCAAGAGCAGAACAUUCGCCUGAUGCAGCAGCUGCGGGAGAAGGAUGAUGCCAACUUCAAGCUGAUGUCAGAACGCAUCAAGUCAAAUCAGAUCCAUAAGCUACUGAAGGAGGAGAAGGAGGAGCUGGCAGACCAGGUCCUGACCCUGAAGACACAGGUGGAUGCUCAGUUACAAGUUGUGCGAAAGCUGGAGGAAAAGGAACACCUGCUACAGAGCAACAUUGGCACUGGAGAGAAAGAGCUAGGCCUCCGAACCCAGGCGCUGGAGAUGAACAAACGCAAGGCAAUGGAUGCAGCCCAGCUUGCAGACGAUCUCAAAGCACAAUUAGAGCUGGCUCAGAAGAAGCUACAUGACUUUCAGGAUGAGAUUGUGGAGAACAGUGUGACUAAAGAGAAGGACAUGUUCAACUUCAAACGGGCUCAGGAGGACAUCUCCAGGUUGCGCAGGAAGCUGGAGACCACCAAGAAACCUGACAUGGUGCCCAACUGUGAUGAGAUCUUGAUGGAGGAAAUCAAGGAUUACAAGGCGCGCCUGACCUGUCCAUGCUGCAACAUGCGUAAGAAGGACGCAGUGCUCACCAAGUGCUUUCACGUCUUCUGCUUUGAGUGUGUGAAGACGCGCUACGACACCCGCCAGCGCAAGUGCCCCAAGUGUAACGCUGCCUUUGGUGCAAAUGACUUCCAUCGGAUCUACAUCGGCUGAGCCUCCCCCUGGAGAGCCCGAGGCACCUGAUCUGCUGCCUGCCCCUUUCUCUGAUUGUCUGUCACCAGCAGGGCAGUCACUGCUUCUCCACCAACCCAUCUCCUCUUCCAGCACCCUGGGUUAGAGAAGCAUGUUUAGGGUCUCUGCUCAUCUUCUCUUCCUAUCUGCCUUUCCCUUUAAUUUGGACAGGACCUCUACUCCACGCUGUGGAGACAGGGCUGUUACUGGGCAGUGCGAAAGCCUAACUCGAAGGGUGGUGGGACUUCCCUGUGGCAGAGUAGAGAUGAGCCUGAGGCCUUGAAUUAACAAGUCCACUCUGGGUAUUAAAUGGAACAAUUUGGGUAAUUGUUUUUCUAUUUUCCCCUGCUUACAACAAACCCCUUGGAAGACGGGAAACUGGUGUCCUUUCUAGAAACGCCCUCCCUCCCCCCAGAGUGUGUGCACGCUGGUAAUUGUCUUUGUAGGGGCCCUUGUGAGGGCUGGGCAGCGCACCUCGCUUCUUUUAUUCUCGUAAGGUUGUUCAGUGUGAAUAGCCGACCAGUUAAAGACCCUGAUACGGGAGGGAACUUCAGCACAAGUGAUAGUGACCUCAACGGGAGGACUUGUAUGCUGAAAGUUGGGCAUGUGGUUAAGUGCCUUUCUGGUUCAGGGCCAGACAUUGCAAGGAGAGCCAUAGAAGAAGCAGGGGGCAGCUGAGAAGAUGAUGCCUCCCGCACUCAAAGGCAUGCAUACAGCUUAAUAUCAGGAAGGGGAGAGAGAAGUAUAGGAGAACCCUCGAGAAUAGCAUUCCAGUGAUGAGCCUAUUUGGGCUGGAUGGGAGAUGGACACUUUUCUGCCCCCUUCUGCCUGGCUGGACGCUCACUAGCAUUGUCCAUGUUUUCCGGAAGAUGAUUUGCAGUGGUUACUUGGGUACAGCUUUGCCACAAGGACUAUUCUUGUUGCGCACAAGCACCAAUAAAAACUGUGGUUCCAUUG